AUGUCGUGGAGCAGCGAGCCAGGCCGCUCGGGAGACAACCGCCACACACGUCCCCUUCUGGCUGGUGUACAGAGCAUUCCCUUGUCACGUCCUCACCGUCCUCCACACCAGCUUGUCACACCCUCACCAUCCCCCACGCCAGCUUGUCACACCCUCACCAUCCCCCAAAUCAGUUUGUCACACCCUCAUCAUCCCCCACGCCAGCUUGUCAUACCUUCACCAUCCCCCACGCCAGCUUGUCAGACCCUCACCAUCCCCCACGCCAGCUUGUUACACCCUCAUCAUCCCCCACGCCAGCUUGUUACACCCUCACCAUCCCCCACACCAGCUUGUCAUACCCUCACCAUCCCCCACGCCAGCUUGUCAUACCCUCAUCAUCCCCCACGCCAGCUUGUCAUACCCUCACCAUCCCCCACAUCAGCUUGUCACACCCUCAUCAUCCUGUACGCCACCAUAGCCACAUCCACACACUCCCAUUCCACACCUGCCACAUUCAUCCACGUCACACCGGCAGCAUGCUCCUCCACAACUUCUUCUCUAGCCUAA